AUGUCUAUGUUAAUUAAAGGUCUCAAAUAUAUUAUACCAUGUCAACAUCGAUUUUCUCGUCAAUCAGCUGAAGAAAUAGCCGAAAAACAAUAUAAAAAUAUAUCAACGACGGUAAAAAAGUGCCUGGAAGAUCAUAGUUUGUCAACUUUUGAUCAACCAGCUAAGCAAGCCUUUCAAGAAUUGAAAACACUAUUACACAACUUAUAUUCAAAACGACUACCAAGAUCACUGGCAUUACGUGCAAAACGUGAAUAUAAAACAAUACAAAGUAUUCAACAACUUCUAUGUCAACGACCUGAUAUUGUCAUACGUCGUACUGAUAAAAGUAAAGUAUUUUAUAUUGGUAAAGCAAGUGAUUUUGAACAGAAAACAGAAGAAUAUAUGCUAAAAACAAAAGCUUAUGAAGAAAUCAUCGAUGGUCGUUGUCCUCUGGGAGAUAAUUUACGUGCCGUACGAAAUCUAUUGAAUUAUUUCGUUACUACAAAAGCUCUUACUAGUCAACAACGUAGUAAACUUUCUCCAAAAUUAAACAAGCUAGAAUUAGGUCACUUUCAUGCUCUACCUAAACCACAUAAACUUGGAACACCAAUAAGACCAAUCAUAGCAUGUAUAAAUGCACCAACUACAUUGAUAUCACAAUGUCUGAAUGAUCUACUUGCACCGAUAUACUUGAGUGUUGCACGUGCGACAACAUUUACUAAUAGUAUCGAUGUCACUCGAAAAUUAGAAAAGCAUGCUGCCGAUGGACAUAUUACAUCAACAACUAACUUUAUUAUUAGCGAUGUUGAAAAUCUUUAUACAAUGAUCACACGAGAAGGUGCACUAGCUGCAUUAAGUCGAUUUUGUCUUAAACAUUCAAUAAACAAACGAAUCGGUACAUUUACUGUCGAUCAUAUCAUGAAAAUGGCACGUCUAAUAUUGGAUACCAACUCAUUUGCCUACAACAAUCGAUAUUAUAAACAAAUUCGUGGUGGAGCUAUGGGUUCAGCAUUUACACAAGUAUUAGCAAAUAUAUAUAUGCUGGAAUGGGAACAAGAUUUGAUUGCCUAUCAAGCAUCAAAGAAUGAAAUCUAUGGAAGAUACAUCGAUGAUAUAUUCAUGACAACAAAUCAAAGCAUUGAUGAAAUGAAGAAUAUACUGGAUCGUGCCAAUGAUAAAGAUGUAAACAUCAAAAUUAACUAUCAAAUUGGUAAAUCUGUUGACUUCUUGGAUAUUACCAUUCACAAUGAAGAUGGUCGAUUAAGAACAUGUCUCUAUCAUAAACCAUCUGCUGAGCCCUACAUUUUACCAUAUUCAUCAGAUCAUCCUCGUCAUAUCUCUCGUAAUAUACCUUAUGCUGCAUUAUUAAGAGCCGCAAGAAUAUGUUCCGAUGUCAAUGACUUUCAUGCAGAAUGUAUUCGUAUUGAUAUGUCUCUAUUAUUGAAUGAAUAUCCACCAAGUUUCAUUCGGAAACAAUUUUAUCAUUUCUUUCAUUGUAAUAAUGCGAUGAACGUAUUAACAGAAUUAAAUGCGAACAGUUAUCGCUAUUUACAUCAAAAAUCAUUAUAUCAACCGACACGACGAGAAAAACAAUUGACUGUCGUACUGAAAGAUGCUGUUCUAUCACCAGCCGUAUUGAAAACAAAGGUAUGGGAUAAAAGUAUUAUGUAUCCACGUUAUCAAUUCGAUGCAUCAAAUUCCAAAACAUUAUCAGUACAAUUUUACAAAUGGUGGAAAAAUUAUUAUAAAAACGAGAAAGCCUCAUUACGAACGGUGAAAAUUCGACUAGUUGCCAAUACGAACGAAACCGUCGAAUCUUACCUCAUUCAUAAGAAGCCUCCAAAAGAAAUAUUAACACGGAUGGAAGAUGAUGCACACAAUCGCUGA